AUGGACGGGAACAAGGACGAUGCCUUGAAGUGCCUGAGGAUCGGCAAGGACGCGCUCGCAUCGGGGGAUAGAGCUCGCGCUGCGAAAUUCUUCUCCAAAGCUGGCCGUCUCGAUCCGAGUCUGCCCAUCGACGAUCUCAUGUCAGAGACGGAGAAGGAGUCGUCAUCGUCCGAUCGGAACGCUGGGAGCGCUAAUGGACCGACUAGUAAAGAAUCCAAACUUCGACAUCGGGCUGGGACGGCGGCGGGGUCUUCUACCGGCGCUGCUGGUGCGUCAUCUUCUUCGUCCUCUGCGACGUACACUGAGGAGCAAGUUACGAUGGUAAGGCAAAUCAAUAAGAAGAAGGAUUAUUAUGAAAUUUUGGGAGUGGAGAAGAGUUGUAGUGUGGAGGAUGUUCGCAAGGCGUAUAGGAAGUUGUCACUGAAAGUGCAUCCUGAUAAGAACCAUGCACCGGGAGCUGAAGAAGCGUUUAAGGCAGUGUCCAAAGCGUUUCAGUGUCUGAGUAAUGAAGAGAGUAGGAGGAAGUAUGAUGUGACGGGAAGUGAAGAUCCUGUGGUUGAGAGACGGGCACCUAGGCGCCAUGGUGGGGGAGGUGUCUAUAAUGGUUAUUAUGAAGAUUUUGAUGCUGACGAGAUUUUCAGGCAGUUUUUCUAUGGAGGAAUGUCUCCUGCCACUACCCAGUUCAGGACUUUCAACUUUGGUGGUGGGAUGGGUCCUAGAACUGGUGGUGAGAAUGGAUCUGGAUUCAAUGUCCGUGCGUUGAUUCAGCUGCUUCCUGUUCUUGUGAUUUUGCUGUUGAACUUCCUGCCUUCGUCGGAUCCAGUCUACUCUCUCUCCCGGUCGUAUCCUUAUGAGCAUAGGUACACCACUGAGAGAGGGGUCAACUUUUAUGUCAAGAGUAGUACCAGGUUUGAGCAGGAUUAUCCAGUUGAUAGUCAGAACAGGGUAAGGCUGGAAGCAAAUGUGGAGAGAGAAUAUGUAUCUCUCCUUUCCCAGAACUGUAGAUUCGAGUUACAAAGAAUGCAGUGGGGUUUUGUGAGGGAGACUCCUCACUGUGAAAUGUUGAAGCAGUAUCAGUCUGGGGCAUCAACGGCUGCUUGA